AUGGUAAUUGAGCUUGGAACCAGCAAGAUGUUUAAGAUUCUACUCUGGAUGGUUGUUGGAAUACAUUCUCUGGUCAUUGAGAAAGGAGAUCGUCUCAUGUUAGAUCCCAUAACGAAUUCUGAUCCAACAACGCCGGUAUUGACUACUACAUCUCGCUCUGCAUUGUCAUGUUUUGUUAAAUGCUUACAGAUGGCAUGUGAUUCAGUGGUGUACUGUACAGGUUUAUCUGCUUGUUCUUUGUAUCUGACUAAAGAACGCACUUUGAAUGUUAAUGAUACAAAGGGAACCCCUGAUCAAUGUACUUAUAUAAGACGAAAGAAUGUUUGUGAAAGUGGGGAGUAUGCCAAUGGUAUCUGUAUACAUUAUAAUGAUACUCAGUUUCAGACAUUUGUUUCAGAUUCCUAUAAAUUGAUGUAUGAAUCCGGUAAUUACAAUACUAAUGAGGUGUUAUUACACAGACAUAUUGACCUUGGUUACAAAUUAGGCCUGCGGUUAAAAGUUACUGAGAAGUUCAGUUUGGAUGAUGGAACAAAUUUUACAAGGUAUAUACCACCAUCAAUAAUCGGUAUGGGAUCUGAUUUCAUUCAAGAACAAGUUAUGAGUCUGAUGAUGCUAUCAGGCCGAUCUAUAAAUCCAGACAUCAUCAAGGCAUAUGAAAUCAUGGCAUCAAAUGGCAAGAGGAUUUCAUUCAACUCUUCUUCAUCUGCACCCGAAACAAAAGAAACUUCUCUCCAAUGGUAUAUGAGAAAGCUCAAUGAAACUGAGGAAUGCUAUAGCAAAGUUCCAAAUGGUGAAGUAACCGGAACUAUGAGCGACUGUAUAGCAGCAGUUCAGAAUGGUUCCGAGUUGUAUGUCGUAACCUCAUCUUUGGCAGGUCCAGUAACUAUUGAAAUUCUAGAUGUCGCCUCGCUGGAAUACUCAUUUCCAUUACACUUAGAUUUCCAUCAAGUUCAAGGGGAGGAUUUCGAGCCGUAUGAUGAUUCUACAGCUUGGAGUGUGGUGGUAGGCAGGUCUAAUGAAGCUCUUAUAACAAGAGUUGCUGUAAAAAUGGAAAUCGAUAGGCCAUAUUCAAUUAGAACCGAGGAUCAAAAGGUGCAGUACUUUAUCGACAUUGGCUGGUAUAAGGCAUUUUCUGUAAGUGAAAAUGGGCACAUUCUUGAAGGAACUAUACAAAAUUUGAUGGAUGUCAUUAAGUCCGGUAGUCGUGUCAGAGUAAUGACACACUUUGAUCGUACUCGGAUGUUAACAACCAAUGCCCUGUACAUCAAUGAAUUAGACAGAUCUGUCCAAGGUAUCACAUCAGGUUACCCGCACACCAACGACAUUCUACAAACUUUAAGACCGGCUUUGCGAUAUACUUACUUACAAACAUACGGAGAAGCAAAAAUGUGUAUUAUGGGAGUUGGAAAUCCGUCAGUUCUCGCAGAAAUAGAACCGUUUCAGAUGAAAAGCGAAUGGUAUGUUGAAUCGAGGCCCUGGACAUGUGUGUUGAAGACUGAUGAAAAUCAGAACAUUGGUUUUGGAAGCAUCGAAGAUCUGAAACAAGCUGUUAUAAACCAGAAGGACGUUCGAUUGAUCAUCGCCACUUCUCCUCACGAUAAAUUAGCUGUCGAUGUAACUGAAACAAGGUUUUAUGACGACGGUUCAUUCGUUUGCCAAUUUGGACCAGUUACUAUGAAUGUUACCACCUGCAUGCAAUGGAGUGGAGUUGUAAAUGAAUCAUUGAUUGUUCAGAUUGUCGAAACAAUUCCCUUUCAGUCGACAGGUUCUGGUACGAUGAAAUACAUUACGAAUGCUAUAGAAUGGUUCGUCAACUAG